AUGGAUUUCACAUCCUCUAAAUCUGUUUCUCUUUUUGAAACAUCAUUGUUAAAAGAAAACCAAUUCCAGCAACCACAACAACAGCCAUCGUCACCAAUAAAACCAAUAAAACCAAUACUAAAAUUAGUUGUAAAUAGUAAUAAAAAAUAUAAUAAUAAAAAUAUUAGUAAUAAUAAUAACAAUAAUAAUAAUAAUAAUAACAAUGUUUGUGGUAAUAUAAAUAAUAAUAAUGAACUUGGAGACCAAAGUGAUAUAGAGAGAUCAUUCCUUAUAAAUAAUUUUGAAGGUUCUGAUCAAUUAACAAAUCCAUAUUAUAACUCUAUUGAUAUAGAGUCAAUAAUUAUAGAAGUUUAUUCCAAUCAAUUUUCAAAAUUAAAUUGUGAUUUUCAAGGUUUAAUUUCAAGUAAAUCAAAAAUUUUAAAUUCAAAUAAUUUUUCAAGCGACUAUAAUUAUAAUAAUUAUAAUAAUAAUAAUAAUAAUAAUAAUAAUAAUAAUAAUAAUAAUAAUAAUAAUAAUAAUAAUAAUAAUAAUAAUAAUAAUAAUAAUAAUAAUAAAAAUAAUAAUAAAAAUAAUAAUAAUAAACCCAAUAAUUUCAUUCACCAUCAUCAUCAUCACCACCAUUACCAUCAUUACCAUAAUCAUCAUAAAGUUGAAAACUUAAUAGACUCUCAUAUUUUUAUUGGUUUAAUGGCUUUUUUAAUACUUUUUAUUUUAAUGGUAAUUGGUUUAUUAAUUUAUAAAUAUAAUUUAAAGAAAAGAGUUUUAAUAUUAUUAGAGAAACGCUAUCAAAGAAAAAAAAAAGUGAAAACAUCACAAUUUGGUGAUGAUUUUACAAGUGCUAAAUUUUCUCAAGUUUUCCCUAAAAAUUUAAAUAUAAAUCAAAAAAAUAAAGAUGAUGGUGAUGAUAGCAGUGGUGCUGAUGAUUUAUCAGUUGGUGGAGAAUCAUUUGAUGGUGAAUCAGACUUUGAACAUUUUAAAGAAGUUCAAGUGGUUGGUGAUAUUGAUAAUGUUUUUUUUUUUAAAAAUAAUAAUUAUUAUUAUGAAGAAAAUUUUGAUAAUGAAAAUUUAAUAAACAAAGAAUUUUAA